CCAGCCGCGCCGCAAUUCUCAGAAAUAAAAAUAUUCGCGUCUAACGUCGCCGUCGCUGCCGUCGUGAUUGUUGUUCUUGUUGUUGUCGUCGCUUCCUUCCGUCGGAUGUUGCAAAAAGCCGCAAUCAGUGCAACCAAAGUGCAGCCAACAAUUGUGGCAACUUGUGCUUAGUGCCCCCCCCAAUGCAUUGACCCAGUUAAAAGCCUUUGUAAUUGGCCGUGUGUGUGCUCUCCAACUAGUUUCUAAGUUUAAGUUUAAGCCCAAAACGGAGUCUCAAAUAUGGAUAUGACCAGCGCCAACUCGUUGCGACCAUUGUUCGCGGGUUAUCCUUUUCAAGGCCAGGGUCGCGUCAAUCAACUUGGCGGCGUCUUCAUCAACGGCCGCCCGCUGCCCAAUCACAUACGCCUCAAAAUUGUUGAGAUGGCCGCCAGCGGAGUGCGUCCAUGUGUCAUCUCCAGACAGCUGCGUGUGUCGCAUGGCUGCGUAUCCAAGAUACUGAAUCGCUACCAGGAAACGGGCUCCAUACGGCCUGGCGUUAUAGGCGGCUCCAAGCCCAAGGUAACCUCGCCGGAGAUUGAGACGCGCAUUGAGGAGCUGCGCAAAGAGAAUCCCGGCAUAUUCAGCUGGGAAAUACGCGAGAAGCUGAUCAAGGAGGGCUUUGCCGAUCCGCCAUCCACUUCAUCGAUCAGUCGACUGCUGCGUGGCAAUGAUCGCAGCAGCGAGGAUGGACGCAAGGAUUAUACAAUACACGGCAUUUUGGGUGGCCGCGACUCGGAUAUAAGCGACACUGAAUCAGAGCCUGGCAUACCGCUGAAGCGUAAGCAGCGUCGUUCCCGCACCACUUUUACCGCCGAGCAGCUGGAGGCGCUGGAGCGCGCAUUUGCUCGCACGCAAUAUCCAGAUGUCUACACCAGAGAGGAGCUGGCCCAAACCACAGGCUUAACCGAGGCGCGCAUACAAGUUUGGUUCUCCAAUCGACGUGCGCGCUUGCGUAAGCAUUCGGGUGGCUCUGGCUCUGGUCUGUCGCCCAUGAAUGGCAGCGCUGCUGGAGUGGGCGUUGCAGCCAGCAGCGCUGCAGCUCCGCUGGGCUUUGGGCCGCUGGGUGUAGGCUCCAUGGCUGGCUACAGUCCUGCCGCUGGCACUACAGCUAGUGGUGCUCCAGGCAUGUCGGACAGCGCGCAUCAUCAUCACAGCGCUGCACAUGCUCCAAAUUCACACAGCGCUGCUGCUGCUGCCGCCGCCGCUGCGCAUCAUCACACACAAAUGGGCGGCUAUGAGUUGAGUGCAGCUCAGCAUGGCUUUCCAGGCGGCUUUGCGCAGCAUGCGCACUUUGGCAAUCAGAACUACUAUCAUCAAGACUACUCGAAGCUGAGCAUUGAUGACUUCUCGAAGCUUACAGCCGAUAGUGUAUCAAAGAUCUCGCCCUCGUUGCACCUCAGCGAUAACUAUGCCAAGCUGGACUCGCCCUCGAACUGGUCACAGGCCGCCUAUCAUCUCAACCAGUCGGCGGUGGCGGCGGCCAAUUAUAAUGCGGCGCAUCAUGCGGUUGCGCAACAUCAGCUGAACGAUUAUGCGGCAGCUGCGGUGCAUGGCAACGUCGCUGCUGCUGCCGUCUACAAUCAUCCGCUGCCCGCCCAGGCGCAGGGGGCCAAAUACUGGUCAUGAGUUAAUUAACAGCCAAUGGGGCAGCAAAGGCAACAACAACAAUUUACACGCUCGAGACACUAAGUAAAUGGCAAAGCAACUUAGACACACUACAGUGACUAUAUGACUAUUUUUUAUGAUUACCAAUAUAAGUAUAUAUAUAUAUACCUACAGAGAUGCUUGCAUAUGUAAAUCAUUCAUACUAAUUU